AGUCGCGACUCGCGCGCGCGAAAUGCCGGUAUUGUUGUGUUACGAGGUUAGUUUCACGCGGCAUGCGAAUUUUCAACUUAUUUACUUCCAGUGAAGACAGAACUUAGCGGACGUUAAUUGUUUAUGUUGAGUGUUUAAUUCUGCACGAAUAAGAAUGGGUGAUUCCGAUCUGAACGAGCUGCUCCGAAGAGCAGAGCAGAUGGCUGCUGAUGUCGAGGGCAACGGUGAGCUUCCACAAGUGGAGAGAAAUCUCCGGCAAAUAUUGGAUGGUUCCAAUGAAAUAUGGUCGCAAAUGACUCAAACUGGUACCCAGGAUAAUCAAGUGCAGGCGCAUCUUCUUCUUGGUUCGAAAGGCAUUGAUUUGUCACAAAUUGCUCAGAAAUUAAAUUCUCUGAGCACCCGCAGGACGUUUGAACCUCUGGAUCCAAUAGCUGACACGGACAUUGUUAGCUACCUCAGGAAUGAAAAGGAAAAUGCUAUUCUGUCUAUUAUAGAGCAAGUUCACAGAGACACUUUCGAAUUGAAUCGGGUACAGCAAUUGGAGCAUACUCUUGGCGAAUGGAAACAGAUGAGAUUUGAAAUCAUGAAUGCAAUGACUGCUCCAUCAGGAGAACUGGUUGAUUUGAGAGGAACGCCUCAGCGUACAAAACUUGCUGGAUCAAUGACAAGUCUGUCCCAGGUUGAAUCUGCAUAUGCUAAAGAAUUGCAAAAUUACAAUGAGCAUGUUCUGAAAGGUGUGACUAGGCCCAGUUUGUUCACUUCAUUUGCUAAGGCAGCAGAAUCUUUCAACGACAAGAAGGUACUGGACAUGUGGCAAAUGGUCAAAUGCAUGGUUGACAUACCACCAACGCCAGCAGGAGAUCAAAUUAAAUCAAGGAACAGUAACAUUGUGGAAAUGAAGAUUGUGUGUCAAGCAAGGAAGUAUCUUGAAAGCAGGUACAAAGAAUUUAUGAAUUCCAUUGUAAGUGAAAAUUUAGCACAAGCAAGAAGAGGAGGCAUACCAGGCACACUGCCUUUGGUCAAGAGUUUUGUUGGCAUCAAAAUACAAAACACAAGGGAUUUGGAAGAGGUGAUGGUUGAAGACAGACCUUUGUGGCCUUUGGUUUACUAUUGCAUGAGAUCUGGAGAUUUGAAAGCUGCACUGCAGUGUCUGGAUCAGUGUGGUGCUGGUUUUCAAGAGUUCAGAUCUGCUCUUGAAGAAGCUAUUGAGUAUCCACUACACCAUCCUAGUUCCAGAGCAGAAUCAACAUUGAAACUUCACUACAGAAAGCAUGUGAGAUCUGCUACUGAUCCCUACAAGAAAGCAGCGUAUUGUGCAUUAGUACCAUGUGAGCCUGAUGAUCUCCAUACAGAAGUCAUGUCUGCUGCUGAUGAUUACUUAUGGCUCAAGUUAUGUCAAGUUAGAGAACAGCCAGAUCCAGAAAACAAACUGACAUUGGACCAUUUACAGACGACUAUCUUAGAAGUGUAUGGAGAGUCGUAUUAUAGAGCUCAUGAGCAACCAUUUCUGUACUUUUCAAUGUUAUUUUUGACUGGACAGUUUGAAGCAGCAAUAGAAUUUCUUGCCAGAGGUGCAGGAGGCAGACAUUUGGCUCAUGCAGUUCACUUAGCUGCUGCAAUGCAUGAGCAUAGCUUAUUAGCUGUGAGUCAAAGUGUUCUGGCUCCACUCAUAAGUGUGGAUCCUGUAGAUAAAUCACCAGCAAAAAGACUGAACUUUGCGCGUUUAAUUUUACUCUAUGUGAAGAGAUUUGAAUCAUCUGAUCCUAAGGAAACACUCCAGUACUUAUUCUUACUGAGGUGUAUGAAAGAUCCAUAUGAUAGGAAUAUGUUUGCUGCAUCUGUGGCAGAGUUAGUUGUGGAUGCUACUCCAGCUAAUCGCACAUUGCUUGUUGGAAAACUUAAUAAGGACAGGCGGCUGCCUGGAGUACUAGACCAGUUCCAAAUAAAUACAGAAGACGUUAUCAAUAUAAGUGCAGAAACUCUUUACAGGAAAGGAGUUUUGGAAGAUGCAGUCAUGAUGUAUGACUUAGCUGGAAACCAUGAGAAAGUAUUAAGUUUAAUGUGUGUACUUUUGGCACAAAUUGUAAGUCAGAAAAGCAAUUCAGGAUCUCUUAGGUCACGUCUUCAAGCUACAGCGAGUGAAAUAAGCGCGAGAUACCAAGGCUUACCAAUUCAAGCUCCAGCGGAAUCAGUUGCCGCUUUUUACACUUUGAGAGAUCUUAUGGUAUUCUUUGAUCAAUACCACAAUGAUCAAUAUCAAAAUGCUCUUAGAACUAUAGCCGAUUCUAAACUACUGCCUCUACACGUGAAAGAAGUGGAUGAGAGAGUUACCGCCUUGAGGCGUGUCUCGCCAGAAGUAACCGGAACUUUGGCGGACGUUCUUCUGGCUACAAUGACUAUUUUGUAUAAACAGUAUCAAAAGUUGAGAUCCACAGAACCUGGAGAUGAAAUUGCAAGAGAGCAACAACUAAAAGACCUUAGGGAACAAGCUCGUGCCUUGACCAGUUUUGCAGGUACCCUUCCAUACCGUAUGCCAAAUGAAACAAACAGUCGACUAGUUCAAAUGGAAAUUCUUAUGCACUAAACAAAACAUUUCGAGAAUUGUAUGUAAUUCAGUUACAAAUCAUUAUUUUAUUUUGUUUUUUAUACUGAUUUGUGAUAUUUUUGUAAAGUACCUUUAAAAUACUACUAAAAUAAAUCUAAUAUUACAAUAUA